AUGGUCACUUCAGUGAUGUCCAACUUGUUACUUAUAUUUUUUGCAGUUAAAGUAAGUAAUUUUCAGGACAGGCUCCAGGCAGAAGAUUAUGAUGUUUUCUCUAUUUCAGGACGUGGUGGUUCAUCUGGUGCAAAGUUCCGUAUCUCACUGGGUCUCCCAGUGGGAGCGGUCAUCAACUGUGCUGACAACACAGGUGCCAAGAACUUGUACAUAAUCUCUGUAAAGGGCAUCAAGGGGCGUCUGAACCGUCUGCCGGCUGCAGGAGUGGGUGACAUGGUCAUGGCCACAGUGAAAAAAGGCAAACCUGAGCUCAGGAAGAAGGUGCAUCCUGCGGUGGUGAUACGGCAACGGAAGUCGUAUCGGCGAAAAGACGGUGUGUUCUUGUACUUUGAAGACAACGCUGGUGUCAUCGUCAACAACAAAGGAGAAAUGAAAGGUUCAGCCAUCACAGGACCAGUGGCCAAAGAGUGCGCUGACCUGUGGCCCAGGAUCGCCUCCAAUGCUGGCAGCAUCGCCUGAAGAGAACCUGUUUGUUUUCAAUAAAAACUGUUCACCAA